GUGCAGUAUAUUACUUUGAAAGAGCUGCUUUCUCCCCCCUAAUGAGAAGGUCGGAAGAUUUGGAACUCCCCCAGGCUAUAGACACGUACUCGUGUGAGCUAAAUGGCAACGGAGGAAACCAACCGUAUGAGCUUGUAAUGCAAAAGGUGCUGAUGCCAGGUAGCAAACACUACACUCGGCUGCUACUGAAAUUCAAGGACGGGGAAAAGGAACAUGAUAUUCCACUGGCCAAUUAUUCAGAUUUCGAAAAGUAUACUUUGCCAAUUAACGAUGUAGAAUUGGCAGAAAUCUUCGCGUCUGAAAUUCACCUGUAUGUUGUGAGUGGGUCUACCCCCACCAACGUGGAAGUGAUCGUCCAGGGAGUCAUGAUAGACCAAAAGAGUCGCAGUCCCGUGGGCAGGCGACACAAAAUAGCGUUCGCGAAGCGUGAUAAUGCUGCCACUAUUGAAAUAACAUCCACAACGAAUGAGAAUAUUGGUGGAAGUCGGUUCCUUGAAGAGGAAAAACGCAGACAUUGGAUAAGAAUUGAGGAACUAUGCAGCAAAAAGAAAUGAAAAAGACCAAACUUAAAAUCUCUUACCCAAAAAUGUGUCUGUUGAUGACCUCAUA